GCCCUAUUCCCCCAAAACCCACCUCUCCUGUAGCCCAAAACCCGAACCCCCCAUCUCACAGCCCACAACCUGACCCCAAGCCCACUACCCCCAAGCCCACAUCCAACACUCCGGCCCAAACCUCACAUCCCCUUCCCACCCAAACUUCGGCCCAACCACCCAUCUCUCAACCGAUCCAACCCAAGCCCACAACCCUUAACCCGCAGUCUCCACCUUUUAUCCCGAAUCCAAUCCCAUCUCCCAAACCCAAAACCCCUCACGCUUCCCCUUCACAACCCAUUUCUGAUUGGCAGGUAAAAUCCGGCAAAGGUUCUAGACCUCCCACUUCGGAGGAAUUGAAGUUUCUCGAGACAUCUGACGAGCCUGAUGCGCCUGCUGAAGAUCUUGAGUUCGAUGCCUCCGCCCUCCCCUUUGCUUCUACUGAUAUUGAUUUAGGGAGGAAGAGGGAGAAAACCCCAUUUACACCUGCGGCCCGUACUCCCAUGAUCUGCACUUUGAACCGCUUGGCCAACACCAUCCCUUCGAAUAGGGACUUUUAUGCCCGUCCUUCGUACUGUCAGGAUCCUGGUCCUUCGUACGAGGAUCCGCAUGACGUCCGCUAUCAUUGUGAUGGUCGUAGGUACGGUGAGGAUUCCUACCCCCCCCUUCAGAUGAGGAUGAGGAUGACUUGAUCUGGGAGGAGGAGCAGGAAGACAUACGUUAUGAUUUUGGGCCCAAAUCCAAUGUUGGAUAUUAUGGGCCCAAUCUUCAGCCUUUUCAGCGGGACCUAGAGGCGGCUGGGUUGUCCCCGCCGCGGAACUACAGAAAGACACGCUCGAGAUACCGUAAUUAUGAGGAGCGGUUCUUGGGCUGAUCUACUCUCCUGCGUCUGGAUUGGGUAGUCGGCACUGCUUUCGCGUUGGAUCUUUUCUGCUGCCUAGUCCUUUGGCUUUGACAGUCGGCUCUACUUCAUUGUCAUAUUUUUUCUGCUGUCUUAGUCUGUAUUUAUUUAUUUUUACUGCUUUUCUUUUUCCGGUGAGUUGGAGACUUGUUCCUUCCACCAAAACUCUUUAUUUAUGCGAAUAAAACUGAUUUAUUUUUUAAAAAAAACCCCUAAACCCUAAACCCUAAACCCUAUUUUCCGCCUCUGUCUCUCUCUCUCUAAACUCUCACUCUCUCUGUAUCCUGGUUCGUUAUUCCUUGUCCUCGAUCCGUUCCAAUGGAGUCCAAUCAGUAGACUUUCUUCAAUUGUCCGAAAAUCUCAGCUCAAGAUUCCAGGCUCUAGAUAUAAUCUCCCCGUAUCUAUCUCAGAUGGCGACUAGCAACCCGUUUGAUCUUCUGGGCCACAAUGACAACGAUGACCCAAAUCAGCUCGUCGCCAAGCUUCCUGUUCCUCCUCCUGCUCAGGUUCCAAAGAAGGCUACUGUUCAGGGGGCCGCCGCAGCCAGAAUGCCCUCGAAGCCUUUACCUCCGACCGAGGCCGUAAGGGAGAGUAGAACUGAAUAUUCACGAGGAGGAGCACGUGGUGACCCACGUGGUGGUGGCCGUGGACGUGGUAGGGGCCGUGGCCGAGAGUUCAAUCAGGACUUUGUGGACACAAAGAACUCUUUUACUGCAAACAAUGGCUUUUCAGGAGGGUAUAGGCCAUUUGAAGAGAGAGAAGGUGGAAAACCUUAUGAAAAAAGAGGAGAAUAUGGUGGACCUCGUGGAGGCUUCCGUGGUGGUCGCCGUGGAGGGUUUGGCACAGGCGGUGAAGAUGCUGCUGAUGGCGAACGCCCAAGGAGGAUAUAUGAACGCCGAAGCGGAACUGGCCGUGGGAAUGAAUUCAAACGUGAGGGUGCUGGACGCGCCAACUGGGGGACUCCCACUGAUGAGAUUGCUCCAGAUACUGAGGAGCCAUUUAAUGAAGUUGAGAAGCCUGCUGAUGCCGAGAAACAGCCUAAUCCGGAAGAUGCUGGAGAUGCCAACAAGGAUAUUCCAUCAAAUGAGGCAGAGGAAAAGGAACUUGAGGAAAAGGAGAUGACCCUUGAUGAAUAUGAAAAGUUACUGGAAGAGAAAAGGAAGGCUUUGCUUGCACUGAAGCCUGAGGAGAGAAAAGUGACUUUGGACAAGGAAUUUGAAUCUAUGCAGCUCCUUUCAAGCAAGAAGAAUGAUGAUGAUGCUGUUUUCAUUAAAUUGGCUUCUGAUAAAGAAAAGAAAAAAGAUGUUGGAGACAAGUCCAAUGCUGAUUUCCCACCAUCCACCGGCGGCAAGUCCUAUGCCAGUGCCCCAUCCAUUGAAGAUGUGGGGCAGUUCCCCAGCCUGGGUUCCAAGUGAGUAUUGAAGGAGGACCUCUUGAGUGUGGGUACCCUCUAGCACUUUUUUUAUGUACUACAAUUGUUUGUUGGACUUGUUUGUUUUGUUUUUAGUGUACAAUUUAGAUACCCUCUUGAGAAACUGAUAUUUGUUCUCAGUUUUCUUCAGCUUUCUUGCUCUCUCAGAGUCUCAGUCUAUGCUUUUAGAUUUUAGG